AUGUCCUCGUCCGCGUUCCUCGACGCCUUUGAAGACGCGUCGCGUGCGCGGUCCGGCAUCUUGACGCCCACUUCCGAAGGCAGCUUGAAUCGCCAAGAUGAAGCUUCUUCGCCGCGCCGCGAUGCGAGGAAGUCGGGAGUGGCCGUCACCAUGGAGCAGCUGCUCAAGCCAUCAAUUGCUGUAAAGCCACAUCCACCUAAUUUGCAUAUCCCGCCCCGCGUCCUGCACCCGUUGAUGCUUCUGCCUCGCGAACACCUGCCGCUGGCCUAUAUAGACUUUGCAGCUUCCAACGGCGAUUUCCCCCAGUCUCGGUUUUACGAAUCCUACAUCCAUAUUCUCGAUCUCGAAAGCCGGCUGGGCCCCGCGCCCAUUGUGCUCAUCGCGCGCAAUGAAUUGAGGGGUACCACCUACGCCUUGGAGCGACAAUCCAAUGGGCUGUACGUACUUUGCAAGCUGGGGUCAUGGGCGGACUUGGAAAGCCUGGCGCAAAAUGCCACAGCCGUCAGAUAUGAGCGCCUUUCUCCCGUGAAGACGGAGCGAGUCGAGCGCCCCGAUAUCGAAGCACUUACAACCCCUCAGCUGCAUGUCGAACAGAAGAAGAAGAGGGCUGCCAUCGAAGCCAUCCAGUCGCAAAUGAGGAAGCGUGUGAGAUCCCAGUCUGUUUCGACUCUACCGUCACCCGACUUGAGUUUGGAACAGCUUCCGCUGCCGGGAUCUGAGGACCAAGCCAACCCCGCUCCCAUAGUUCAGGGUGCAGACGAUAUUUUUGACAGCAUCAGAACUCAUUAUUUCGAUGCGCUGUACAAAUCCAUGGGAUCCCUUGCGUACUUUGCCAAAGGACCACUAUCACGAGCUCGAUCGACUUUCCACUUAGAUUUGGAAUCGAACCUGGACAUGGCCGAUCUGAUCGAAUUCUUGAAAAGUCUCAUCCUCACAACCGUCCAGAUCGACAAAAAGUAUCGCGAAACAAUUCCUGAGAUUAUUACCAAGCUGAAGGACCGGAUUGAGAGUUCCGAUGAAGGUCGCAGGCGCAAGCGCAAGCCCAAGAAGAUGAAGCUUGGCAAGAGUGGGCUAUAUCCGCUGGAGGAUGAAAACGUUAUGCGGUGGUGGGCUGCGAACAAGCCAGAGCCAAAUGAUGAGGCUGCCAUCACCUCGUCACAAGUCAAGUCUCAUGUUUCCAUCCUGCGGACAAGGGAGACUAAGCUGCAAAUGAUCCUCAUCAUGGAAAUCCUUGCUCUGGAACCUCUCAAGGCUGCUGGUGAAAGCGGCGAGGCGAUUCUGCCCACCCUGCCUGGAGCUGCCGAUUCUGGGGACCUGUUGGAGAAUGCUCUGCACCCUCAACCGAAGAAGAGAAACAAGCACAAUCUUCCAGUGCUGCUGGAUGUCCACGCUGAUCGGCUAACUAUCUGGCAAUCAACGGCGAGCGAUGAGCAGCUGCUGCUUGAAGACGCACCGUCUUUGCAAACGCCGCUGGACGGUAGCCUGGAAAAGAAAGCAUCGUCCGAACCUUUGAGAGACUUUUGCGUCGAUGUUAUUGUACCUUUUUUUUCUGCACGCUUGCCUGAUCUUUGCGACUCAAUCAACCGGAAACUUGGAGGUCCUGUGAUUAUAGCCCCGGCAAAGUCCAGGGCUAUGAAGAAGCCUUCAGGCCUGCGAGACCAGAGGCCUGGUGCUGCAGCUAAGCGGCCUCAGCCCCCGAACGCCCGCAAGACGCUGCAGCGCGCCCUCUCUACGGAACAGCAGAACCGAAGAAGUAUCUCGAGGGGUCCCAGUAACGCCAUCGCCCUUUUGCGGUCAGCCACCUCUACCACCCUUCCGACUGUUAAGCGGGAGAGCUUGGAUUUGUCAGGGCCCAUGUCAUUGCUUCCCGACUCUCAGAGAAGGGCCCAUUCACUGUCCCGAAGCAGCAGCAUGAACAACCUGUUUGAUGCCAGAGCUAGUAAAAAGGCUGAGGUGGAUGCUGAGCUUAAGGAGGCCAUUUCUGCCUUGAGGAAGCCCAAUCGAGAGGUUGUAAGCAAGGCAAUGGCGGAGGCAGAUGAGCGUAGAACGUCGGCCAAUUUGGCCAUCAAGAAACCGAAAAGAGCACCCCCGAGGAGCAUUCCGGCUUCAGCUAUUCAGGUUAAGGCCACACCAGCAAAUAAUCGGUUCAAGAACAUGAUGCCGGCCAAGAAGGCAGAGAGCCGAAUAUUCUCUGAAGGUUUUGAUGAAUUAAUCCCCCCAUCUAGUGUGACGGCCUUUGUUCCAUCUACAGGCAAGAAACCUGCUCUCAGGGAGCUGUAUAAGCGCAGCCCAUCUCCAGUGAUGGAUGCAAUAGGCGACACACCGACGAAGGCUUCGGCGAAGCCCAGCUUCCUACGCCGACCGUUAAAUGAACAGCCAGCAUAUCCUCCUUCCUCUCCCGCCAUACAGAGAACGCGGGCGCCUGAAGAUUUCGUUGUAACGGAUAGCGUGGUUAAACCUGCGAGAACCAGAUAUGAAGCUCCCGACUUGAUUGAGACGCCGAUCAAGAAAAGCACACAGCAGCGGCUUGAUUUAUAUGCUACUCCUCAGACAAAAUCGCAGGAGCCAAAGGGGAAGAGCGUGUCUAUUUUUGAGAGACUUGGAUGGGAUGACGACUUUGAUGAUUUAUGA